CCGAGUGUGAAGAGGCAGGUGAGCAAGUAUUUUUUUGUUGAGCUCCUGGAAAAUGGGGUGUGUUAUGUUGUUCUUGGAGUCCUGGCGAUGGCGGUGGCAAGUUUUGGACAGGAAAUGACUGCCAAGGUGUUUUGGAUCUGUGUGGCACUCUUUUGGGUGGAAGCAUUUUCUAAAAUUUUGCGAUCUUUUAUUCACAGAGCUUAUUUUCAGCAAAUGUCCUGCGGCGAGAUCGCGCAGGGUCAGCGAUCGGACUGCAGGUUUAUCUUGGCAAAGGUUAAGCUCCUGAAGGGAAACAUGGUCUCUACAGUCGGUUAUGUUGGGGCGACUAGCUUGUCCCGGUUGUUUUCUCUGGUCUGUCUGAUUCCUCUGGAUUUGUACCUGUAUCGUGCCCUCCCUGAUCUGAGGGGGUACCCCAAUUACCACCUGCAAAGGGGUCCGCAGCGGUUGCAUGAGGCCCUUGUUCUUCUAUGCAUCGUUGUCAUCCUUGACGCUGCCCUUACAUGGGCACUGAUCUUCUUCUCACCAAUGUAUUCUACGUGCAGUAGUCUCUUUUGCCUGAUGGACGGGGACCGUGCUAGUCCCAGCUGGGAACGGGUUGACCGAGCCCAGAGGGAGACGGACAUGGGACUAGCCUGGUACGUACACCUCAAACGGCACUGGUAUUUGACGCCAAUGGAGGCACAGGCAGACAUCGACCUCUGUGGCCUGCCUGGGUAUUGGUUCUAUAGCAUCAAGGACUUGCUUAACAUGGCCCUACAGAGAUCACAAGGUGGGGAGGAUGAUUUUGAGCUGAGCGGCGGUCUAAGAAAGCUCGGCCAGGGAUCAGCUAGAUCCCUCCUUAUCCAGCGACGGGAAACAAGGGCAAUGAAGACAUUGCAGGGGUUGUCUGGGCCAAUAAAGCCCUGCACCUGUGAUCUGUUCGAUGAAGAGGGGAGCAUAGAUGGUCACAUGCAGGACAUCGCUCAGGUCAGUCGUUGCACCCACGAUGUGGACGCUGGUUGGGAUUUCCUGGUAUCUGGAGGGUAUCUUGCCAUGCUGCAGAUUGUCAGAAGCUGUCCCGCAGAAUCUAAUGACGUGCAGUUGGCAGCUUCCAUUUGUGGGGGCUUUGCCUCUUCCCUCUCAGUCCUCCCAUGGCAACCAACUCAGCGGAGGCGCGAUACAUUGAAUGCAUUGAACAUCCUGAAGGAUGACGAUUUCGGCUACUGCAUCGCAGAUUUGCUCCGGAGCUUCAUCCACGUGUUAGAGUGGCAAGUGGGAAAGCAGACGCCUGACCUCUCUCAGGCCGAGGCUGCGAUGUUUGCUAUAUCUUCCUUUGCAAAUGCGGCGAGUGACAUGCACGCCCACUACCAUGCCCUGUCCGUGCUUGACGAAUGCAGUUCAAGACUGACCUGCAGGCUCGGGGGAAAUUCCGUCAACAUGUUCAUGAACGCCUUCACUACGUUGUGCCCAUUGGGAUGGCCUCUCAGGUGCGGGAUCCCGGACUUCAGCAAAGCUAAAGGGUGGAUUGACGGCGUCCUGACUGUCUUAUCGGAACCAAAAACGGUCGAAACGCUUCUAAGGACCAUAGCUACUUUCAGUGAUCAGAGUGUGGCAAGUAAGGUUGUGGCCCAUGCCAUAAGGGCUCUUUGGGCCAUGUGGUCGUGCAGGGCGAUAUAUUGGCAUCGUUUCGACAAACGGAUGCCUCAGGACUUCCCUCCCCCAGCAGCAUUGAUCAACAAACUAAGCAACGAAGACAAAGUCACGGGCAUUCUGAAGGCGUUGGUUCGCCAAUGUAACGAAAGCCAGUGGACAUCGAUCCUCUCCCCUUUCUCGAAGCUUCACUUGGCCAAGAUCCUCAUCUGUCAAAAAGUGAGGGACAUCGAUCCCGAGGUCGCCACAAUCCUGCUGCAGUGCCUUUGCUACUGGCGACACACUUUGGGCUCACGUGAACUCGAUUGGUUUGCCUCGGAAGUCAUUGAAACCUUACACGAUCUGAUUGAUUCCUCGGAGGAUGCAGUGACAAUAGCCAAGCUCAUCAGGGACUCCCCCGGGGGCCUCAGUUGCCUCUUGCUUAUGCUAAACAGUCAUGUAAGCAGAAUCCGCGCUGUUCGACUUGCGGAAAACAAAGACGAUGCCAGCACGUGUAGGCUCCCCUACGGGCCAUUUAAUACCCCGGGGAGAUGUCUAGAGGGCUCUGAGAUACAUUAUUGCCGUUGCAAUGCUGCUGCUACCGCCCUCCUUUAUCGGCUUCUGGUGUCCAACCACCCAGCAACAACCCUACCGCCCCCGGAGGACAACCCUGAUCUUUUCGUUGAUAUGAUUAAAGCGCUCAGCUGGAUCGUGCUCAGUCUAAUGCGCCAGGUAGAGGACAAGGAUGAUGAGAAUGAUCUAGAUGGUGGUGAUCGGUAUGGCUAUGGAUUAGGCUACUCCCAUUCACACCGAGUCGAAGGCAAGCUCAAUCGUCAUCGCCGGGGCUGUUGGACGUGCAGAUGGUGGUCCCGUGCUCGAAGGGGUCUGUCCCACCUUAAGUCUGAUAUCACUCUUAAGUCUACUCUUCUCUGCUUAGAGUCUCUUGACAAUCCCGCCUGGAGACCGCCCUUUGGGUUCUGUGAAGGCAUGUCCUGUCCACUGGAAGACAGUAGUGAAGACCGCAUGGAAAAUUUUGAGACGUCAGUCAACUUCUUGCUAGCAGCGCGACAGUCUCUCCGUAUCAUCUCUGUACUUGUUAAAAACUAUCCCCAGCUACAAAAGUACAAAUAUGUUCAAUGGUACUUCUCCACCCUUGUGAGAUGUUUGAUUGGUGGCUGUCCAAGGAUGUCGAGGCAGCUAGGUCUUUCAGCGUUAGAAGGCCAAUGCCACUCUGAGAUGCGGGAGGUGGUUGCGACAACGCUAGCUCGCACCGUCCGAGCAGUUAACGAGCUUGUUGAAGAUAACCCAUCGCCGUUACCUGCAGAACCACCAUCUCCCAUUUACCAGGCACUCACCCAUCUCAAGACUUGGGCGGAUUCCAUGGCCGCAAAGGACAAGCUGCAGAAAGCCCUCGACUUGCAGGGAACAGCAGUGUCAGGGGGGGCGAGCCAUGCUGAAAAUAGUGCCAUCGACAGUCUUCUAAUGGAAAUGAAGUCUCUUGCAUUGCCAUGUUCCAUACAAAGUACCUAAAAAGAACACCCAGAAAUAUAGCAUCCAUACUGAGUCUCUAUGUGGGACAGCGGGGGUAGUUCAGCAGAUAUGGAUAG